AUGAAGACAGGUCGUCGUUGUUUCGGGCCAAUUUCCGGUCUCUUUCAAACUUGCUUCUACGGUGCUCUACAGCUUUCCGACUGGUUGAUCGGCAAUCUUCCGGCAUUCAAGAUCUCAUUUGCUUCAUAUCUGGGCCUAUCGGGCAUCAACGCCGAAAACUUCCGGCGGAGUCACAGUAAUCAGGAGGUCCAUGUAGUACCACGAAGAAGUACACCGAAACACGUCGCCCUCGACGGUGUCAGGAUCUCGUUCCGCGACCACGGCUUCUUCCGAAGCAUCCAGACGCUGUGUCUAUCCAACGUCAGCUUCAACAUCGAGCGAGGCCACGAACUGUCUUCUCUAUUCUCGCAUUGCGUGGUGCUGGAGAAGCUCACCAUCAAGAACUCGCGCGUCAACCUCGAUCAUCCAGACCUCGACGAUGAUACACUGUUCAAGUUGCCCGUCAACUUGCGCAAACUCACAUACAGCGGUGCCAACGAUAACGAUUUUGACAUUAUGAUAAGCUGCGAUGUGUCACCCGGCGUUCAUCUAUCGCUGUCGUGUACGGCGUCUCCAGAUGAGCCGGUCUAUGCUAUCAUCGGCCCAAUCGUACUCGAUGACUGGGUGGCGCGCGACCGCGCGCCCGAAGCCGUCAGAGUCGCUAUUUCGUACAAUAGUGUCGCACUGGACAUACACCUCGAGUGUUGGAGGCACGUCGAAGAUUCGCUAUGUGGUGCCGAUCCGGACGUGGCGUGUCACCAUUACGCGGACGAAGACGUCGAGAUUGCCGACAUCCUUGACGGACCGGGAUACGAACGCGUUCGUCACUUCAUGAUCGACAUCGACGCGGAUGCGCUCCCCGACCUGUUCACAGUCUGGGUAUGCUCGCAAAUGGAGAACUACCCGAUGUCGGAGCUCCAACAUCUCACCCUCCGCCUAUUCUCCGACGAGGCGAACGUCGAGGACCAGAAGACGCAUUUGCGUUCAUCGGCCCAAUCGCUGUAUAGAUGGCUGUACUGGCGUCGCGUCGCUGGGCAAGCUAUUAAGACGCUUAGCAUCCCUGCGCAGAUGGCGACUCUGUUGGAUGGACUUGGCGAUGGUGAGAGGGAGGCUUUCAUCCCUGACGCGAGUGGACUUGAGGCGACGAUCUCGCUCAAGACCUUGCCGGCGUGGAGGGACUUGGUUUCUUUCGUCGAGAUUCUUGGUGAAUCAUGA